AUGGAUGAAGAAAAAGCGCUUCAGGAACAUUCAAGAAGAGAAGGGAGGAUUGUCCCAAAUCUUCACCAUUACCGUGCAUGGAUUUUUUAUUCUACUAUUGACAAAAUAUGUGUGGAGAUGGAUCAACGGUUUUGUGAAGGAAGUAACGUUGUGCUGGAUUGCUUCUCAUGUCUUGACAUUAAGAACUCUUUUUCCAUGUGUGAUGUUGAUAAGCUUGACCGUCUUGCUUACAUUUAUCAUGCAGGCUUUUCUGAUGAUGACCGUGGAACAAUAACGGGGCAACUUGAGACUUAUGUACAUCAAUUGAAAAGGCAUGCUUCCUUUACUUCUUGUAAAGAUGCUCAAAGUUUGGCUAUGAAGAUGGUUCAAACUGAGAAACAUUUGGUAUUUCCAUUGGUCUACACGCUCAUUAAGUUGGCUUUGAUAUUUCCGGCGUCGACAACAUCUGUUGAAAGAGCUUUUUCAGCAAUAAAGAUUAUCAAGUCUAAUUUACGCAACAAAAUCAACGAUGUGUGGUUAGGUUACAUCUCUCUUAUGUAG